UGUACCCAAGGUAACGUUCCCUCAGACCCUGGUCGGGGGUCGAACCUUUGGGCUUUGGCUUUGUUUACGUUAGUGAGUCGAAAACUGCAGUCGAAGUGUCACUACUGCUAAAUAAUUUCCGACUUGUCUACGAUUUACGGAUCACAUCAAAAUGGACCGAUCACUGAUGAGAGAAAAGGAGGCCUUUAUGAGGCGUGCCAUUGCUAACCCGUCUGUUGAAGUUAAGAAGCGUAAAACUGAAAGUUCACAUGUUGAUUCGGCCAAAAAGAAGUCUGCAAGUAAACCUCCUACAACCGACACUGGCGGGUACAAAAGUAUGUCUGGUGCUGGGCAGCACAAAUUUACAGCCUUAGCCAGAAUUGUCAAGCACAUGAAAGCCCGUCAUCAAGAUGGUGAAACUCACCCUCUCUCCAUUGACGAAAUAUUAGACGAGACAAACCAACUUAACGUUGGGUCGAAAGUUAAGCAGUGGUUGGUGAAUGAAGCCCUCCCAGAUAAUCCAAAAAUUCAAGAAGUAGAUGGCAAAUAUCUUUUUAAACCUGCUUUGGCAGUCCGAGAUAGAAAGACAAUGCUCAAACUUCUUCGUCAUCACGAUAUGAAAGGUUUUGGCGGCGUUUUAUUGGAUGACAUUCAAGAGUCUCUUCCUCACUGUGACAAAAUUAUGAAGCAACUUGAGAAAGAUAUUCUUCGCAUUACACGACAGACUGAUAAAAAGCAGAUCAUAUUUUACCAUGACAAAGGAAUACAAUUUCCUGUUGAGAAAGAAUUUCAAAAUCUUUGGAGGAAUACCUCGGUUGAUGGCCUUCAAGAUGACAAUAUAGAAGAAUACCUUAAUAAACAGGGUAUCAAAUCUAUGCAAGAUACUGGACCGAAAGUGAAGCCUAUCAGAAGAAAAGUCAAGAAAAGUAGACAGAGAGCCACUAAAAUCUCCGACAAUGAGCAUAUGCAACACGUGCUUCAAGACUAUGAUGCUGUAUGAUCAUUCCAGCUCUAUGGGAUAUAAAUACUACAUAUAUAUAUUUUUGCACAACAUUUAAGAGAAUGGAUUGCUUAGAAAGUAAUUAAACAUUUCUAGAACUUAAAACAG